CGUAAAGUCGCACAACUUGAAAAUGAAGUGGCCGAUAAAGAAAAGAAAAUUGAGGAAUUAACCGAGGAACGUACUAAACUUAAGGCGGAAUAUGAAAAUGUUCUUGAUUCUAUUAGUGAAUUGUAG